GUGGCAUAGAUUAAAGUUGACUAAAAAUUUGGUAGGAUUACAAAAACAAACAGAAAAUUUUAACACAAUUAAUAGUGAAGCCUACAAAGAUGUUGUUUCACCUAUACCUGGCUGUAAUUGUAAACACAGUGGCUGGGCAGGUACCCCAGGAAGACGCCAGCUUCAACACAGACGGUCAGGAGAUUGGGAUGAUCUCUGGGGUGGACGUGGACUCACGGGGCGAUCUCUACGUCUUUCACAGGGCUGACCGGCCGUGGACGGAUGACCUAUUUGAGCCCAACAGCAACAGUCUAUCAGCACUCGGACAGGUCCCCAUCCACAAGGAUCCCAUAUUCAAACUUGACCCCAAAACUGGAAGGAAGAUUUCUAGCUUUGGUGGCGACAUCUUCAACAUUCCACACGGUCUAAAGAUUGACGCUAACGACACAAUCUGGGUGACGGAUGUAGGGCGGCAUCAGGUGCUAAGAUUCAGGAAAGGGGCGACCACUCCUGAUUUAAUUCUGGGAGAAAAGUUUGUGCCCGGAAACGAUGACCUACAUUUCUGUAAACCAACUGACGUCUCAUUUAGCAGAAAUGGAGACUUUUUUGUAGCAGACGGGUACUGCAACAACAGAGUGUUGAAGUUUUCAUCUGAUGGGAGGUUUAUCACGCAGUGGGGAGUCAGAGCUGACAACGACAACCUCACGAUGUUCACCCUAGAUACACCCCAUAGUCUCACCUACAUCGAUCACCUUGAUCUGAUUUGUGUGGCCGAUCGGGAGCAUAGCAGAGCUUUGUGUUACAACGCCGGGAACUCAGCCGAACUCAGUACCGGUACCUUCAAUAGGACGUUGAUAGGAUUUAACGAGACGGGCAAGGUGUUUUCUAUCUACUACAACCAGGCAGGAAAUGACGUCAUAUCCGCGGGUGAGAUUUCCCGCGAUGCUUACUCAGAAGGAGGCCAGCUCGUGUACCCUCCGCGUGCGUUUACAUAUGACCUUGAAGGCAAUAGAAAGGAAGCUUGGUCGCAGAUAACACCGGCUGUGUCCAGCAGCGGUCCCUCUCUGAUACACGCCCUGUGCGUCUCUAAAGAUGGUCAGGACAUUUUUCUCAGCGACAUUGUACAGCAGAAGGUCUUUAAGUAUACGAGAAGGUCCGCGGCUGUGGGCAAGUAGAACCUACCACACAUCAACCAACUACA